AAGGCUUGCAGUCUGGGCUACUAGCAGAGAACUUAGUUUCUCCCUCAUUGCCCAGGGGAAAGUCCCCGGACCCGUGGCAGAAAGUGCCCUGGUUGAACCCAGUUCCGACUAACGCUACACCGUUACUAGCUAAGACGUUCUUCGGAGCUGAGCUUGGUCAUCGUUAGUCGACUUUGUCAGCUCGUAUAGUCAUGCAAGCGUGCGCCAUUACACGCUUCAACAGAACGGGGCUCAUUCUCCGAAUGUCACACUUUUACAGAAAAUUAUCCAGCUUGUGUUCCGUGUUUUGGUCUGAUGAAAACAUCACCAAAGACACACGCGGCGUAUUUUCUCACAGCUGGUGUCACCACAGUGACGAAUGAGAGUGAAAUUAUGAUUUAUACCUGGAAUAGGACAACUUUGCACCUUGAGCUUCGCUCAGAGUUUAGGCCGUGUUUAGGUCUCCAUCUUUCGGCGAAUUGUAUGAAGUGCAACCCGUCCAUCUGCCAGGAGGAGUAAGUCCCCCCUCUUUAUUGACUAUUACGGUUGAAUAUGGUCAGUAACUUGUCAUUGUGGUUUGACAUAUUUUAACCCUCUCUUUAUAAAUGUAGGCUAUACAGUCGAAGCAUAUACAAAAGAGGACCCAGAAGCUUAACGUGCAUUGUCAUUAUUAUAGUGGAAUGCGUGUACUGAAAUGGUCUGUGGGUGUCCAUUUUCUAUAGUCUCACCUUUCUGUGAGAACAAUGAUACCGCCUCUAACACCGUGACACCGCUAGAGGGAGCACCAUCCCCGCAGCAUCCACCCUAAUACCUCCUGACAUGACAGACUGUAGUCCACAGGAUUAGGCUGCACACAGAAAGAUUAUUGCAUCACAUGGUGGACCCUCCAAAUGGUGGCUCGUAGUAGCCUGCCACAUUCUCCCAGCUAUCCCACAAUUCCCUCUGCCUGGGCGUAGGCGCACGCAGCGGCAGCAUCACAAAGGUUCGGCUCCUCCCUGCUGUAUGCUGGAGGGAGGGAGAGGAUCAGGGUCAGAUGAAUUCCAGUCUGAGUGACGGUGGCGGUGUGUGUGCGAAUGAAAAUACGAGUAUGUGUGCAUGUGUGUGAGGAAGGGCAAAUCAGAGAGGAUCAGAGAGGAGCAGUGUGUGUUCAUGUGUGUAUGAGGAGAAAAGGGAGGCAGUGAGUAAGGCAGGCGGGAGGGGGACGCGAGGAGAGGAGAGAGAAGGGGUGCACAAGGUAAAAUACAAGACAAGAGAGCCCGCACUGAGAGGGAAGAUGGCUGAGCCGGAGCUGAAAUCGAGAGGCAGUCGGGAGAGUGUUGCCAAGGCGGCGAGCCAAGAGAAGAUGGGGGGAACUGACCACGAUGGUCUCAUCGAGGAGCGGCCGGCCUCACCGCCGACGCACACGGAGGCUGCCCCGGAUGCCACGACCGGCCAGCCCGGCAAGGGGGAAAAGAUUGUGCUCAAACGCAGCAUCACCCUCUUCAACGGGAUUGGGAUGAUCAUAGGAACCAUCAUUGGCUCGGGAAUCUUUGUCACUCCAACAGGUGUAGUCAAGGAGACGGGCUCGGCUGGCCUCUCCCUGAUCGUCUGGUCUGCGUGCGGAGUGGUGUCUACCAUGGGUGCCUUGUGCUACGCUGAGCUGGGCACAACCAUCGCUAAGUCUGGGGGAGACUACACCUACAUCCUGGAAGUGUACGGUGAACUGGCAGCUUUUCUGAAGCUGUGGGUGGAGAUGCUGAUCAUUCGGCCGUCGUCUCAGUAUGUGGUUUCUCUGGUGUUUGCCACCUACCUCCUGAAACCUCUGUACCCGACCUGCACCGUGCCAGACAGCGCUGCCAAGCUGAUCGCCUGCCUGUGUCUCACUUCCCUGACGUUUGUAAACUGCAUCAGUGUGAGGGCAGCCACCAAAGUCCAGGACCUGUUCACAGCCUCCAAGCUGCUAGCUCUGAUCAUCAUAAUUCUCUUUGGUUUCAUUCAGAUUUCCACAGGUGACAUCCCAUAUCUGUUACCAGAAAAUGCUUUUGAAGGCAGCAAAUUCGGAGUGGACAACAUUGUCUUGGCGCUGUACAGCGGCCUCUUUGCUUUCGGCGGCUGGAAUUACCUGAACUAUGUAACUGAGGAGAUGAUCGAUCCAGAGAGGAACCUACCACUGGCCAUUAUCAUAUCUAUGCCUAUAGUGACAAUAGUGUAUGUUCUGACCAACCUGGCCUACUUUACCACCAUCUCUCCUCAAGCCAUGGUGGAUUCGGAGGCCGUCGCUGUGAGUUUUGGGGAGUAUCAUCUGGGGGUGAUGGCCUGGCUAAUCCCUGUCUUUGUUGGACUAUCUUGCUUUGGAGCCGUCAACGGAUCUCUCUUCACUUCAGCACGCUUGUUCUACGCAGGGGCUCGAGAGGGUCAACUUCCCGCAGCUUUGGGACUGGUUCACACAGACCUGUUCACGCCUGUGCCAUCCCUCAUAUUCACUUGUUUCCUGUCCAUGAUGUAUGCCAUCUCAAAGGACAUCUUCUCUGUCAUCAAUCUGUUCAGCUUCUUCACCUGGCUGUGUGUCGGUAUGGCCAUAGCCGGCUUGGUGUGGCUACGGUUGACCAAGCCUGACCUCAGAAGGCCGAUAAAGGUGUAUCUGUUCAUUCCUAUCACUUUUGUGUUGGGCUGCGUCUUCAUGAUCGUGGUGUCCUUUUGGGCAGCUCCAUUUGAGUGCCUGGUGGGCAGCGGCAUCAUUCUCACGGGCAUCCCUGCAUAUCUACUGGGCUACAAGUGGAAGAAACCACAUAUGGUCCAAAAGAUGCUGGAAAUCUUCACGAUGUUCUGCCAGAAGAUCUUUAUGGCUGUUCCUGAGGAGAAGGAGCAACGUGAGGCGACUGAGUAAUGCUGGAGAAACUGGACCAGAUGGCAGACUGAGUCAUUUUUGAGUGUUUACAUGAAUUCACCUGUGAUUUUCUUUUUUCUUUAUUUAACAAUGUAACUGUGGAAGAAUUUCAUGUUUUACAAGAGGGGCCGGACAAGCCGAAAAGCAGGGUCUGUUUUUAUUUCAUGGCCACUCCUAUGUGUUUAAAAUGUCUAAAGUAUGAAUAACAGCUACAGGCACAGGAUGGUUUAUUAGUAUAGUGCAGAAUUAACACUGGCCUGCAGGUUUACUGCUCACCCGAAAGUAAACUCAUGAGCAGUCUAAGAAAAAGAUGACUGCCUUUUCUUUAAGUUCUUUUAGUUUAGUUCUACUGUUUUUUUUCUAGGUCAACUAACAACCAAACUAAACUAUAGAGUUUACAGGCAGUUAACACUUUGAAGCUGACGUUAAACUGAAAACAUGCCAUAAUUUCUAAUAUCUUAACUCAUCUGAUAGUGUAAAAUUGUCAGCAUAUGAUUAUGGUAGCACAACUGACUACGUUAUACCCAUGGUAAUAUUUUUUAAGUAACAAUUUACAAUUUUGUAAUUUUUUAAAUACAUUUCUAAGAUGAAUCUGCAGGACUUAUCUGAAAGCACUGACUAAAGGGAGAUAGAAUGACAUUUGAAAUGUCAGCUUAGCAUAGCUGCUGUCAGACAGGUCUGUUUCUUGUAUCAUUUCAUUCCAUCUGUAAGACCAUGUUAGUUUAACGUGCACAUGAUGAAAUGGCGAUGGAAACCAGCACCUCUGUUCUCUAGACGUAUCUACAAGAAGCAGAAUACCUGUACAGACAUCACUGUAGUGGUUGUAGAAGUGUUUGUGUUGAAAAAGUUUGUUGUCUGUGUCAGUGCUGAUAUUUCUUUUUUUUAUGACACUCUGAGACCAAAAUGAAUGUUGCAAAUGUAGAAAUACAGGCAGCAAUAACCCAGGAAAAAAAAAAGACAAAACCAUCGGGCUGUUGUCAGGUUGAUACUUUUGUCGUAAAUCUAAAUUUUACUGGACAAAGGAAGGCACGCAUUCAAGCUUGAUUAUAAUAUAUGGUGGCUUAAGGCAUAAAACAUUAAGACAGUUGCCAUUCCUCCAACAUCAAAAAUGUUUAAUCUAUCAGAGUGCUUCACGAUGGCAUAUGGCAGAAGAAAGAAAAAAACAUGGAGGAAAAUUACCUCCUUGAUGUUGGUUCUGUCUGUAGCAUACAGUGAUAGGACAUGAAAUGUGAGUUUUCUUUUUCAGGGAACACAAUAAGCCCUCAAUCAUGAUACUUUCUAAUGGAAAAAGGGAAUUUAAAACUAAACAAAAAAAAGAGAUGGAUAUUUAGCCACCUUGAGAAUCCCCUUUACAAACAAUCAAUGGCAUUGCUAUCCAAAGGCAUUUAUAAUGUUAUAUAUUUGCCAUGUUAGAUACUCUCAAGCACAACAAUACACUGCAUAACCGUGUAGCUGUUUUGGGCCAAAAUGGAAUGUAAUCUGAUUUAAAUACAACAAGCAGCACACAGUAUGUGUCUGGAACAAAACAGAUGACAUCCGCUGAUGAUAAAUCGCAAAUUCAGGCCCUUAUCAAUUAUUUUCAUGUUAUAUACAGCAUACUGUAUUUGUGUAUGUACAAAAUAUCUAUAUGUUAGAGUUCAUGAUUCCUGUAAUGAUAUUUGCUUGUUGAAAUUACGGAGAAAGUAAAAAAACUUUUAUUUUUAAUCUUAAAAUUGAGAGUACUUAUUGAAACUGUUGUACCUCACUGGCCAUGGCAGGUACAUGUAACAAUAAAAAGUAUUUUCUUCAAAGUUUGAUUGUUUGGUGUUUGAUGAAAGCAGACAGCAAA